AUCGAAUUAUACUCCAAGGACGCUUCAAUUGAAGGCAAAAAUGCUCUAAUUACAGGGGGCACCAAGAAUUUGGGAGGUGAAACCGCUGAAGAAUUGGCCAAGUACGGUAGCAACUUAUUUUUACAUUACCAUUCUGACGAGGAGACGGUCCUGGCUGAGGAAUUUGUCGAGAGCUUGCAAGAGUUCCACGGGGUCAAGGCGGCUGUUUUCAAAGGCCCAUUGGACGAAGCCAAGGAUGUUACCAGGUUAUUCACCGAAGCAGAACAGUUUUUUGGUAAUGGAAUUGACAUUGCCAUUAACAACGUGGGUAUGGUGUUGAAGAAGCCAUUGACAGAAAUCCAACCUGAAGAGUGGGAAAAAAUGGAUACCGUCAACAACAAGAUUGCGUUUUUCUUUAUCCAAGAGGCUGCAAAGAGAAUCAACAGGGGCGGUAAAAUUGUUUCCAUCGUCACCUCUUUGUUAGCAGCCUAUUGUCCUGGCUACGCAGCAUAUCAGGGCACCAUGGCCCCUGUCGAAUACUACUCGAAGACAGCUUCGAAGGAAUUGACAUUAAAGGAAGUUUCUGUUAACUGUGUGGCCCCAGGUCCAAUGGAUACUCCAUUUUUCUACCCCCAAGAGGGCGAACAAGACGUUGAGUUUUAUAAGACCAUGUCCAUCAAGCAUAGAUUGACCGAAACUACCGACAUUGUUCCCAUUAUCCGGUUUUUGGUAACUGAAGGUUAUUGGAUUACGGGACAGACCAUCUUCUGCUCUGGCGGAUUUACUGCGCGUUAA